AUGAUGAUGAUGAUGAUUCGGGUGAUGAUGUUGGAUAAAGAUGAUGAUGAUUCGAAUGAUGAUGCUGAUUCGGAUGAUGAUGAUGAUGAAUCGGAUGAUGAAGAAGAUGCUUCGGAUAAUGAAGAUCAUGAACCUGAUAUUGAUGAUGAUGACUCGAAUGAUGAUGAUGAUGAUUCGGAGAAGGAUGAUGAUGAUGAUGAUUCGGAUAAUGAUGAUGAUGAAUCGGAUGAUGACGAUGAUCAUUCGGAUCAUGACGUUUCGGAUGAUGAUGAUGACCAUUCGCAUGAUGAAGAUGCUGAUACGGUUGAUGAUUCGGAUGAUGAGGAUGAUGAUUCGGAUGAUGAUGAUUCGGUGGAUGAUGAUGAUCAUUCGCAUGAUGAAGAUGCUGAUUCCCAUGAUGAUUCGAAAGAUGAUGAUCAUGAUUCGAAUGAUGAAGAUGAUGAUUCGGACGAGUAUUCGGAUAAUGAUGAUGAUGAUUCGGAUGAUGAUGACGAUAAUGAUUCGUGUGAUGAUGAUCAUGAUUCAGAUGUUGAGAAUGAUGAUUCGGAUGAUGAUGAUCUCGUUGAUGAGGAUGAUGCUUCUGAUAAUGAUGAUUCGGAUGAUGACCAUGAUUCCGAUGAUGGUGAUGAUUUGGAUGAUGGUGAUGCUGAUUCGGAUGAUGCUCCGGAUAAUGAUGAUGAUUAUUCGGAAGAUGAUGAUGACUCGGAUGAUGACGAUGAUGAUUCGGAUGAUGAUGAUUCGGUUGAUGAUGAUGAUCCUUCGCUUGAUGAACAUGCUGAUUCGGAUGAUGAUUCGAAUUAUGAUGAUGAUGAUUCGAAUGAUGACGAUGAUGAUUCGGAUGAUGAUGAUGAUAAUGAUUCGCGUGAUGAUGAUGAUUCGGAGGAUGACUCGGAUAUUCGUGAUGUUGAAUCAGACGGUCAUUCGGAUGAUGAUACUGAUGAUUCGGAUGAUGAUACGGAUAAUGAUGAUGAUGAAUCGGACGUUGAUGGACAUGUUUCGGAAGAAGAUGAUUAUGACCCGGAUGAUGACGAUGAUUAUUCGGAUGAUCAUCACGUUAAUGAUUCGUGUGAUGAUGAUGAUGAUUCCGAUGAUGAUGAUGUGGAUCAGGAUUAUGAUUCGGAUGACGAUGAUGAUGCUUCGGAUGAUGAUGUUGGAGAUUCGGAUGAUGAUGAUGAUGAUUCCGACGAUGAUGAUGCAGAUUCGGAUAAUGACUCGGAUAAUAAUGAUGAUGAUUUGCAUGAUUCGAAUGAUGAUGAUGAUGUUCCGGAUAACGGUGAUGAUGAUUCGGAUGAUGAUGAUGAUGAUGAUGAUGAUUCGGCUGAUGAUGAUUGGGAUGAUGAUGCUGAUGAUGACUCCGACGACGUAGAUCAUAUUUCCCAUGAUGACGAUGCCGAUUCCGAUGAUGACUCGGAUAAUGAUGAUGAUGAUUCGGAUGUGGAUGUUUCCGAUGAUCAUGAUGAUGAUCAGUAUUAUGAUUCGGAUGGUGAGGACGAUGAUUCGGAUAACGAUGGUGAAGAUUUCGAUUAUUACGAUUCAGAUAAAGAUAGCUAUGAUUCGGAUAAUGAUGACGAAGAUUUCGAUGUUGAUGAUGAUGUUACGGAUAUUGAUGAUGUUGAUCCGGAUGAUGAUGAUGAUGAUCCUUCGGAUUAUGUUUCGGAUAAUGAUGAUGAUGAUUGGGAUGAUGAUGGUGCUAAUAAGGAUGAUGAUUCGGAUGGUGAUGAUGAUGAUAAGGAUGAUGACCAGGAUGAUGAUGAUGAUGAUUCGGAUGAUGAUGAUGCUGAUCUGGAUUAUGAUUCGGAUGGUGUCGAUGAUGAUUCGGAUGAUGAUGAUGAUGAUGAUGAUGAUGAUGAUGAUGAUGAAAAGGAUGAUGAUGAAGCUGGUCAGGAUUGUGAUUCGGAUGGUGAUGAUGAGUAUGAUGACUAUGUCGAUGAUAAGGAUGAUUACUCGGAUGACAAUGAUGCUGAUUGGGAUGAUGAUUCGGAUAAUGCUGAUGAUGAUUCGGAUGAUGAUGAUGAUGAUGAAUCGGGUGAUGAUGAUGAUGAUGAUUCGGAUGAUUCGGAUGAUGAUUCGAAUGUUGAUGAUGAUGAAUCGGAUGAUGAUGAUGAUGGUGAUUCGAAUGAUGAUAAUCCUGAUUGGGAUGCUGAUUCGGAUGAUGAUGAUGAUGAUUCGGAUAAUGAUGAUGUUGAUUCGCAUGUUGAUGAUGAUGAAUCGGAUGAUGAUCAUGCUGAUUAUGAUGAUGAUUCGGAUAAUGAUGAUGGUGAUUGGGAUGAUAAUUCGGAUGACGAUGCUGAUGAUUCGGAUGAUGAUGAUUCCAAUGAUGCCGAUGAUGAUUCGCUUGUUGAUGAAGAUGAUUCGGAUGAUGAUGAUGAUGAAUCGGAUGUUGAAGAUGAUGAUGAUUCGGAAGAUGAUGAUGCUGAUCAGGAUUACGAUUCGGAUGGUGUAGAUGAUGAAUCGGAUGAUGAUGAUGAUGAUUACGAUGAUGAUCAUGCUGAUGAGGACGAUGAUUCGCAUGAUGAUGAUGAUGAUUCGGAUAUUGAUGAUGAUGCUAAUUAUAACGAUGUUUCGGAUGAUGAAGUUGAUGAUUCGGAUAAUGAUGACGAUGAUACAGAUAAUGACGAUGAUGAAUCGGAUGAUGAUGAUGAUGAUUUGAAUGAUGAUGACGUCGAUUCGGCUGAUGAUUCGGAUAAUGAUGAUAAUGAUUCGGAUAUGGAUGAUGAUGACUCGGAUGAUGAACUUGAUGACUCGGAGGAUGCUGCUGAUGAUUCGGAUGAUGAUGAUGAUGAUGAUUCGGAUGAUGAUGAUGCUAAUUAG